ACUCGUGCGUUGACCGUGAUGUCGAGAGAAAACGGAUGCUGCGGAGCGCAUCCCUGUCACGGCGCCCAUCAGAGAGGAGGAAAGGUCUGGGUGGAAGGAAUCUGCACUGUUCUCUUAUAGCUACGCUUUGUUACCAAAAGAGACCGCUCCUGGUUUGAUAGAAAGAAAAAUAGAGGGCAGAGCUGCUCCCCGGUUUCUCGAAAGAACAUCAAAAGACUACUAAGCAUUUUGGCAGACAUAACCUGGGGUGUACGUGGGUUGGGUUUGGGGCAGACAUGGGCUGGGUUGUAGGUGGGUUGGGUUUGGUAAUUCGUUGCUGAGUUAGCUGGCUGGCUGUUCUCAUUUCUAAAACGCUAUGGCUAAGCAGUAUGAUGUGCUCUUCCGACUCCUGCUUCUCGGUGAUUCCGGGGUUGGAAAAACAUGUUUAUUAUGCAGAUUCACGGACAACGAAUUUCACCCGUCUCACAUCUCCACAAUCGGAGUCGAUUUCAAAAUGAAGACGCUGGAGAUUGAUGGCAUCAAAGUACGGAUACAGAUAUGGGACACAGCAGGACAGGAGAGAUAUCAGACCAUCACUAAGCAGUACUACAGACGAGCACAGGGAAUCUUCCUGGUUUACGACAUCACAAGUGAGCGAUCCUUCCAGCACAUUAUGAAGUGGGCCAGUGAUGUGGACGAGUAUGCUCCUGAUAACAUCCAGAAGAUCCUCAUAGGGAACAAGUCAGAUGAGGAGGAGAAGAGGCAGGUAGCUACAGAACAGGGAAACAAGCUGGCCAAGGACUAUGGGAUGGACUUCUUUGAGACAAGUGCCUUCACCAACCAUAACAUAACAGAGUCCUUCAAGCGAUUGGCUGAGCAGGUCCUGUCGGCCAAUAAGAAGGACCUGGACCUCCUGAGGGCAUCAGUCACAGACGAGCUCAACCUCGCCGCCCUGGAGGAGGAGGAGGGCAUCACAGACGGGGCCGAUGCCUCACAGAAGGGCUGCUGGUGUUAAGGGUCAAAAGUGGUACACUAUGUAGGGCAUAGGGGUGAGAAACGUAGUGCACUAUAUAGGGAAUAGGGUGCCACUUCUCCUUAUGUAAGGACUGGGUCUGGCUGCAUUUUAAAAUCACACCCUAUUCCUUAUGCGAGCUCUGGUUGAAAGUAGUUACACUUUGUAGGGAAUAGGGUGACAAAAGUGGUGCACUAUGUAGGGAAUAGGGUGUGUGGGGGGGGGGUGACACUUCUCACUUCUCGUAGCUGAUUGCCUUUCUACCAUUGUAGGUGGUGUACUGGCGUUUGAUCGUUUUUUUUUUUUUUUUACCAAUGAUGUAUAUAAACCCUGGAUUGGUUAUGCUGUGUAUUGGCCAAUGAGAGGCUUUGAAGCCACCGGUCGGCCAUAUUGGCACUCCUCAGAAACGCAGUCCCUUAUAGGAGUGAAUGGAAUUCUACAGUAUUUCAUUUAAAUGCUUCAAGGACAAAAUUACAUGUAUUUAAGUAUUUUUUGUUAUAGUGGGGAAGGUAAAAUUAGUACUUUCUAAAAAAUGAUACUUUAAGAAAAAUGUUUUUAUAUAUAUAUAUUUUUUUGUAUGUUUAGCUCACAAUAUAAUUUAAAAGUAUGCAUAAAGGUGUA